UCCAUUCCCAUAUCCUACCUCCCUUUCCUCCCCCGACAACUCUCUCUCUCUCUCUCUCUCUCAAUCACACACAUGGGCAAUGCAGCACUAUGUGCUCUUUCAAUGAUCUCUAUUGGUGUAGCGAAAGUUUUGUCCACUGAUGGGAGGUUGAUUAUCUACACAAAGAGAGUGACAGCAGCAGAACUCAUGUUAGAAAAUCCUGGACAGUUUCUAUGUCAUUCAUGUCACCUAAAAAUUGGCCAAAGAAUCCCAGGAGUCUCCGCGGAAGAAGUACUCGAACACGGACAAUUUUAUUUUCUUCUUCCAAUGGAAAUGCUCUACUCAGUGUUAACAAAUGAGGAGAUGAAUUGGCUCAACGACAAGGCAUCCAAAGGACUUAAACAAGGAAGUUUGAAUUUUUCCAAGAUUUUUCCAGUUCUUGGUGAUCAUUUUUGUCUAUUUCCCAAUUCAGAAGCCAAGGCAGUGAUUGAGGUUUCUUCAACAAGAGACUCACAGCCCUCUGAGAGAUAUUCAAUACAAAGAUCAUGGCAGCCUGCACUCGAAACUAUUGUCGAAAUGCCACCACGACAUUAAUUUUUUUUUAUUUUUUUUUUCCUUUCAUAUUCUUUUCUGCUCUAUUUUUUAUUUUUGUAUUGCAAUACCCAUUUUUUUCUUUAUUACAUUCACAUUUUGAUUGUGAAAUCAUAGUAUAAAGACUUUAAGAAACUGAUACUAGCCUUUAUUUGGCCUUCCAAGAUGAAUGUGGAAGAGAAAAAUGUCGCUCACCAACCAUUCAAUAUAAUAGUCAUUCUCUACAUAAUUAUAAUAUUUACAGUGUAAUGGCGAUGAUUGAUUAUCACUGAACAUUAAUAUCGAGAAAAAGAAACUAAGAUGGUAUGGGGCACACUUCGAGGAUUUGUAAAAGAUGGUGAAUUCUUUCAAUUUUUUAUUAUUGGAGUACUAAUCUUCAUUAGAGUGUAUAAUUUCAACGAAUUAA